UGCCCCGGGUCCCGCCCGGGCCCGCCUCAGCCCGCCCUGGGGAGGGGCUUGCCCGGGGCGCCCCGGCCGCGCUGCGCUGCCGCACGUCCGCGAAGCCUGCUGCUCUGCCUCGCCUCGGCCGUGGCCUCGCCGUUGCCGGAGCCCCGUGGCAGGUCGGAGGGUAGUGCACGGGACACAGGAAGAGUCUGAAUAUAACUUAAGACCAUGGCAGCACGCUGGAGAAGAAUCCUGAUAAUAUUUGUGGCGGCUCAAGUACUAUUUGUGGUAAAUACCUUUGAGGAAGAGGACGUACCUGAAGAAUGGAUUCUUCUUCACGUUGUUCAAGGUCAGAUUGGAGCAGGAAACUACAGCUAUUUGAGACUAAAUCACGAGGGAAAGAUAGUACUUCAGAUGCGGAGUUUAAAAGGUGACGCAGACUUGUAUGUAUCUGAUACGACGCUUCACCCCAGCUUUGACGAGUAUGAGUUACAGUCUGUCACUUGCGGCCAAGAUGUUGUCUACGUACCCGCACACUUCCGCCGCCCAGUGGGAAUAGGGAUUUACGGUCAUCCCUCUCACCUGGAGAGCGAGUUUGAAAUGAAAGUGUACUACGAUCGAACAGUUGUACAGUAUCCGUUUGGCGAGGCUUCUUACAACCCUGAGGAGAUGGAGGCAAACCAGAAAUACUCACAGUCUACAGAAGAUGAAUCUCAGGAUGAGGAGUCUGUUUUCUGGACUAUACUUAUUGGAAUCUUGAAAUUAAUACUUGAAAUUCUUUUUUAAAUUGAUACACACUGGACUAAGUCAGACUUCAGCCUGUGAAAUUGAACACGAAUGACUUGCUGUAAUAUUUAAUACUCUCUGUUAUGUUUCCUGAAGAGGUAUUCAGGUUACUUUUCCUAAACCAGAAGGGAAGUGGGGGGAAAAAAGCCAUAUUUAAUUUUAUGUUGUAAAUCCUCCCCUACAUGUAAAAUGAGCAGCGAGCACAGUAUUUGCGGUGUUCUUCAGAGAUCAGGGCUUAAAAAUGAAUGUACAGUUGGGAUCUUGUUAAAUUCACUUUAAACAGGUGCUUAGGAAAAUCAACUCCAAUUCAGUAUUUUCUAUUGUUUUUUAUAAAGAAAAGUGAAAUAAACUGCUGCACUUCAGUGCCCCCUCUCCAUUUAGAGCAUAUUUAAAAAUAAAAUCUACUUCUUUUCUGA